AUGUCAGAAGAGCUGGUGGAGUACCGGUGCUUCAUCGGUGGGCUUGCGUGGUCAACGUCUGAUCGUGGCCUCAGAGAUGCCUUUGAGAAGUACGGUCACCUCCUUGAGGCCAAGGUGGUCCUUGACAAGUUCUCUGGCCGUUCCCGUGGUUUUGGGUUCAUCACUUUUGAUGAGAAGAAGGCUAUGGAUGAAGCUAUUGCGGCGAUGAAUGGAAUGGAUUUGGAUGGGCGAACUAUAACUGUUGAUAAAGCUCAGCCGCAUCAGGGUGGGGCAGGCAGGGAUCGUGAUGGUGAUCGUGGUGGUGAUCGCGGAUAUGACCGUGACCGUAGCCGUCCCUCUGGUGGGCGAGGUUCAGGUGGUGGAGAUUGCUUUAAAUGUGGCAAGCCUGGACACUUCGCAAGGGAGUGCCCUUCUGAAACUAGCAGAGGUGGUGGGGGAAGGUACAGUGGCAAGGACGAUAGGUACAGUGGCAAGGACGAUAGGUACAGUGGAAAGGACGAUAGGUACGGCGCCAAGGAGGAUAGGUACAGCGCCAAGGAGGAUAGGUACAGCUCCAAGGAUGAUAGGUACAGUGCAAAGGACGAUAGGUAUGGUAGGGAUGGUGGUAGGGAGUCUAGGGACGGUGGAGGUAGUCGCUAUGGGCCUGAUCGCAGUGGUGGAGAACGUUCUGGAGGACGUAGCCGGGAUGGUGGCAGCCGUGGAGGUCCAGGAGGUGAGAGGCACAGUCGUGCUCCAUACGAUCGCCCCAGAGCUGGUGGCUUUCACUAG